AUUGCUUCGAGAAAAUGACAGUGAUUAUAGCUUUUUGUUUAUUCUCUUUUGCCGUUGCAAAUCCAAGCGGACAAAUCGAAUACACAGAUAAAGUUAAAACCUAUCAGCUCGAUGUGCCCGGCAAGGAUCCUAUUACAAUAAUAGACACCGAUGACACUUCAAGAAAUUGGGAGGAGAUAAAAAGUAAUAAAGACACUGAAAUGAAAAAUCUUAUGACGCACAUUGUGCAUGAUAUUGGUGGCAAUCGACCGCGAUGUUAUGGUCCAUCGUGCCGAGAAGAUUUCGUUGAGAAUGAAGGCCCCCAAGACUUUGAUGAGUAUAAUAUUGAACAUUUGGAAAAACUUAAGGAUUUUGGUGAUCUCUCAAAUGAACGUCUUCAAGCUAUUGCAGACUUAGCUGCUAGGCUAAAGAAACAAAAAGUUAAAAUAGAUCGAUUUCCAUCAGUUAGUAACGAAGAUACCGAAAAUGAUGAUAAUGGAAAAGUAUUCACUUCGUGGAACCGUUUAAAAGUCAAACAGCAUAAGCAUCCCUUUGAUGACAAAGAUGGCUGGGUAACACUGGAACCAAUUGCGUGGUCUUCGAGUAAGAUAUCCAAGUGGAAGCCGAACGUAAAGAAGCAAAAACCAAGUUAUUGGAACGAAGAUGAAGACACGAAAUAUUCGAAUGACGAUAAGUAUAAUUCUUAUUCAGAUAUGGAUAACGCAUAUAACUAUCCUACGCAAAACACCCAAAAGAAACCUAUCUUAAGCCGUCCUGGAUUUAUUAAUAAUAAAUUACAUGUACCACCUGAAUAUGAAUCUGAAUUACCUUCAAAACCUACAUGGACUAAGAACAAACCACAGCAAUCAAUGUCUAUGCAAAGCUUACAAUCUUCUUGGUCAUCUGACGACAGCAGACGGCCGUACAACAGCAAACCAAAUUGUGACAGAGAUGAAAAUUAUCCCAACGAUGAAUCUAUUUACUACGGAGUAUCAGAUUCUGUGAUAACUGAUUCACGUCCGUCGAAUUUCCCAUACGAGUAUGAAGCUCUUCAUCAAUCAAGUAUGCAGAGGCGACCUAUGAGGAGACCAACACAAGUGAUUUACGCUGAUGAAUCUGAUGAUGAACGUUACUCAAAACCUCCACAAGGCGACGGGCAAUGGGUUCUUUUAUCAACAACUAAAGGAUAUAGAAACAAGAAACGGCAAAGGUCGCUUGACAUGCACGCUGAGAGCGCCGUACCAUCUGUGACGUCACAUCACGCUGUGUCGUUAACUGUACUACCAAUGGAAACUCCUCACAUUAACAUGACAACAUCACAUGGAGGACUCCUGGAAGUAGAGAAAAGCUUUCAAACAGUGGAAGAAUCAAAACGGGAUAUGGAUAAGAAGCAGGAUUUAGAAACAGGAGAGUCACAAAACAAACCCGUUAAGAAAAAAGUUAUAAAAAAGAAAAUUAUUUCUAAUAACUUACCUGAUAAAUCGACCGUUUUGGCUGCUGUUGGCGCCGGUAUGGUACCAGCGACGAUGGCUAUGGUAGUACCCAUGAUGUUAGGGAAACGACGACGAAGGAGAGAUGUUAAUAAUUUCGAUGAUUAUUCUUAUCAAAUCUUGAAUCUUACUCAAUAGGUUAUCUACGUUUCUAAUCUAUUCGACAUUAUUUUCGCAGUGAAACAUCUAUCUAUAUUCGAAAACCAAAAUAUUUUAUAGAUUACUAGUUAUGAGAUCAUCCUCAUGGACUCUAUAAAAAUCUGUCUGCGUCCGAUCCAACCUCUUGUUGUCAUGCAAAAAUUUAAUCAAAUGAGUAGUUUUUACGUUUUGCUCGGACAUACAUGCAGACAAAUAAAUUAUUAACUCUACUUUUUUGGCUUCGGUUUUGUUAGUAAAACAAAAAGCAAGUAUUCUUUAAAAAUAUUCAAAAAACAGUUUUUACCUGUUACGAUUUUGUAUAGAUUAAUAUUUUGAUACAAAGAUAUAACGUCACGUUGAUAUGCUUUUUUUAAAUAUGAAUUUUAUUUUGGGUUGGUUGGGAAGCGAAUUGAUAGGAUUGUAAUUUAUUAUUUUUAUUUAUUGUAAAAUAGCUGUAAGUGAAUGAAAUCUCGUGCGUCUGUGAUCUAUUUAUUAAUAUUUUGUAAGUUUGUUGUAUCCGAGUUAUGUUUGGGAUUAUUAUUAUACUAUCGUACAUAGCUAUAGGUUGUAAUAACAAUUAAUUAAAUGAAAUUUUUAUAAGGUUUAAUUGAAAUUAAAACAUUUGCAAAUGAA